CGAAAUUGAAUUCUUGAAGCCUCAAGAGAUAGAAGGAAUCAUGAAAGACUUUGAGGAAGCCGGUUAUCUUGCCCCAACCGGGCUAUUCAUUGGUGGCGCAAAGUACAUGGUCGUUCAAGGCGAGGCAGAAGCAGUCAUCCGAGGGAAAAAGGGACCUGGUGGAGUCACUAUCAAGAAGACCACUCAAGCUUUAGUCUUUGGCAUCUACGAUGAACCGAUGACCGGAGGCCAGUGCAACUUGGUGGUAGAGAGACUCGGCGAUUACCUUAUCGAGUCUGAUCUCUAAGUUGUUUCAAACCAGUUUCAGUUAUAAGCUCUGCUUCUUUGCUACAGAAACACUCUUCUGUCCUGUAUUUGUGAUUUCGAUUGUUGUUGUGCAUCAAAACAAAGCUAAAUGAUUAUACACUCUUAAAAGAAACUAACACACAAUCAUAUUUGUGUUGGUUUUGAGUCCCUAUUUCAUCUUUUAUGAUGGCUUUCAAAAUUUCUCUCUUCCUUGUACUGUAUUUCUUAAUGUAUCUCUCUGGUUUUCGGUUUGAGUAAUGAAAUAAUUCCGG